GCGGAGGCUCUGCCGCGCCCCUCCCCCCCCCCUCCCCGCCUUGCGCGAUGGGGAGCUCGGCCUCGCAGCAGAGCCCCGGGGCGGCGUACGGCACCAGGAGCGCUGGCGUCGCGGGCUCCGGCUCGGGCUCCGCGGCCUCCGCGUCCGCCUCGCGCCCGGGCGGCGGCGGCCGCCCCGCCAGGGCCCGCGCCGCGGCAGCCGCGGCCUCCUGGCGGCAGCAGGAGGCCGACGACGAGUCCUUCGCGAGGAGGCUGCAGAUGCAGGAGGUGGCGGCAAGCUUCGGACCGGGCCUUCGUGCGGGCGGCGCGGUCAGGCCUGGCAGGCCCGCCCCGGGUGGGGCCCGGGCGGGGCCGACCGUGACCGCGCGGGCGGCGUGCCCCUUCUGCAGCGCCGAGAACGAGGUUGUUGCGCCCAGCGGCCUCCGCUCCAGCCAGGGGGCCCUCCGGUGCGGGUCCUGCUCGCGGCGGUUCCAGGUGGAGGUGCCCAGGGACGCGGAGGCCAUGCCCAUGCGGGUCUGCCGCAACUGCGGCGUCGUGAACCAGUUCCCCGCGCCCGCGCCGGGGGAGCCCGCGCCGAGCGUGAUGUGCGGGGCCUGCGGCCAUGUGACGCAGGCCCCUCGGCGCAGUGCGGCAGAUCUCGCGGGCGCCAGCAGGCUCUUGCCGCUGGCCGUCCUCCAGGCCCUCGUGCGGGAGCAGCACGGCAAUCCAGCGCACGGCUCGGACAUCGACGCGCUGCCGACGCGCACGCUCCAGGGUAUUGGGCACCUGGGCGAGCAGACGAAAUGCCUCAUCUGCCUCGAGGAUUUCGGUGACGGCGACGACGUCAUGACGCUCCCCUGUCUGCACAUCUACCACAAGAAGUGCGUAGAGCAGUGGCUGGGGUGCGAUAACUCCUGCCCAGUCUGCAAGACCCCCAUCGGGGGCAGCCAUUCGGGCUGAGCUGCGCGCCGCCCGCCUUUUUCGCACUUCUCCUCCUCCGAUCCUCUGCCCUGCCCUCCGCUAUCCCUCCCCUGUCGUUCCCCCUGGCUCUCGCUCCUCCUCCGCCCCUCGCCGCGAGGCGGGCGGGUCCCGAGGGAGGCGCGCCCUGGCCCGAGGUGUCGGCGGCAGCUCUUCGUCCUCCCCUGUGGGCCUCUCUGGGGGCAGGAGGCUUCUCGGGGGAGGCAAGAAGGAUGUCGCCAGACCGCCUCCGCCCCGAGGGCCGGUGGGACUCUGGCCAGAAUGCGCCCCGAGGGCAGCCCCCGGGAUCGACUCCCGACCCCCCCGCCCUCGGGGCCCGUUGCUCCUGGUUGGCGGCCAGUCCCGUCGGGGGAGUGGGGUGCUUUUGGAUGCGGAGCAGCGGCAGCCCGCACGGCAGGGAUGGGCCCACUUCCCAAGGUUCCCCUGGCAUCCUUGCCCCUCGGCCCGUCUUCGGCCGCUUUCGCUGGCCGCGCCCCGC